AUGAAGUCAUACAAUCUCUUAAAAGUCUUGUUGGUUGCGGCGUCAGUGGCCGUUGAUGUCGAGGCUGUCAACAAACCAGCUGCUCGUGCCUCAAGAACUGGUCGAACGAGUGCUGGAAUCACCCGCAAGUUCAUUGUUGAAGUCGAGCCGAUGGAAGGAGUUGUGAACGUGUGGCAGGCCCACAAAGUGGCCAUGCCAAAAGUCGAGUUCUCAGAUAAUGGCCCAUCUUCAUCUAUAAGAAACUAUUCUAUCCAUCACUGGACGGGUGUUGACAAACUCCAUGCUGCCGGUAUUCGUGGAAAGGGUUCAACUGUCGCUAUAAUUGACACCGGCAUUGACUAUACUCACAAAGCGCUCGGAGGCUGUUUUGGACCUGGCUGCAAAGUCAAAGGGGGCUAUGAUCUUGUCGGAGCAGACUGGGAAACUCACAAUGAGAGAAUGCAUCCUAAGCAACCCGAUAAUGAUCCUAUGGACUACCAAGGCCAUGGAACUCACGUUGCAGGUAUCAUUGCUGCUAAGAAUGAAUGGCUUACUGGAGUUGCGCCCGAGGCCGAACUUCUCAUAUACAAAGUUUUCUCUGAUGAUCCGUGGGAGACCGACGAAGAGACCAUCAUGCAAGCACUAUGUGAUGCUUACAAUGCGGGAGCCGAUGUUAUCACCUCGAGUAUUGGACAACCCAAUGGCUGGUCAGAUAACCCCUGGGCCAUGUUAGCCAGCCGACUGGUAGACAAGGGCGUCGUCGUGAUAGCAUCAGCUGGUAAUGAAGGAGAGUUUGGACCAUUCUACUCGAGCAGCGGAGCUGUCGGCAGAGGAGUUCUAGCUGUUGCUGCUGCUAAUGUUACUACGAAGCCAAAUGCUAACAGAACUGGCGAGGAUCUUGGGCCACUUCCCGUAUACUUCACCACUUGGGGCCCAACCAACGAGUUACUUCUUAAACCCGACAUUGCAGCCCCUGGUUACAUGAUCAUGAGUACUGUACUAAAUCAGAGUUACGAGGAGCUGAGUGGGACAUCCAUGUCGGCACCCUACAUUGCAGGCAUUGCGGCUUUGUUCGUGGGUCAGUACGGUGGUCGUGCUUUCAAUGGCGCAGGCUUUGCCAAAAUGCUCAGAGAUCGUAUCGCAUCGAGUGGAAAGACCCUACCGUUUGUCAAUAAUCGCCUAAUGCGCAAGUAUAAAGCCUCACCUUUCCAGGUUGGCACUGGACUUGUUGACGCCUGGAAAGUUCUCAACUACGACACUCAACUCGAGUAUGAAUCGUUUUCUCUGAUGGACACAGAGCUGUUCCGGCCUCGAUGGACUUUCAACAUCACAAAUACCGGCGGCAUAGCACACGAAUACACUUUUAAGCUUGAGCCCCAAGCAGGUUUCAACAUUUACGAUCCCGAAUAUGGAGUGGCUUUACUCUAUGCUAUUGAGCCCAAAAACAUUGUCCCUCCUGUGAGACUUCCACACAGGGCCCUCAUUGAACCUGGAGAGACAAGAGAGUUGAGUGUUACUUUUGGGCUUCCCGACGUCGACGAUGAUUACCUGCUACUCUACAGUGGCAAGGUAUUGAUCAAUUCCGAUCAUGGGGAGAAAUUGGCUAUCCCAUAUGGAGGAGCUGCAUACGAUACCGAGAAAGCAUUUGACAAUAUGUUCAUUGUUGAUCCGUUUGUUACGGACCCUGAUAAAGAUUCAGCAUGGUCUUUCAAUAUCGACAGAGAUGCGAGUGACUUUAUUGAAAUUGGCGGUAGGACAUCAUACGCCUGCGACAAUCUUCGGUGGGACAUCUUCGAACAAGGUUGGUCAGAAUCUCUAUGGACUUAUCCUCCACGGGUCGGAAGACAUGGCUUUAUUGGUUCAGCAACAACAAUGCGAGAUGCGGAGGAAUUCUGGUUCUUCGACCCUACUGUCAACGAUCCGAACGACACAUUGCCAUUCCCGCUGAAACAACAAUCACGAGGGUUUCACGUCUUUUGGUGGUUUGGCAAGCUCGCCAACGGCACAAGAAUAGCCCCUGGAAACUACACAAUGCGUUUCGCAGCUCUUCGGCCCUACGGAAAUCCAAACAUAUCCGAUCACUGGGAUGUCAUGAACAGCCCUACGGCCAACAGCAUCCAGGUGCUGCCGUAUAACGGUACACGCAACUCGACAUUGAAGUACAGAGCACCCAAGUACCAGACACCGAGCCUUGGAAAGGGGCUCCUAAAAGGUUAA